AGUAUAAAUAGGGACGUUGAGCUCGAAAACGCUCAUUCGUGAUCGUCAAUUUGAAGUGUGAACAUCGUGAACGUACAAUCCUGUGCUCAUCAUGACUGGAAGAGGAAAGGGAGGAAAAGGUCUGGGUAAAGGAGGAGCCAAGCGUCACCGAAAAGUGCUGCGGGAUAACAUCCAGGGCAUUACCAAGCCCGCCAUCCGCCGUUUGGCUCGGCGCGGAGGAGUGAAACGUAUCUCCGGUCUCAUCUACGAGGAAACCCGUGGCGUCCUGAAAGUAUUUCUGGAGAAUGUGAUUCGUGAUGCGGUCACUUACACUGAACACGCCAAGCGUAAGACCGUCACCGCUAUGGAUGUGGUGUAUGCUCUGAAGCGUCAGGGCCGCACUCUUUCGCUCCGUGCUCAACGAAACCUACGCUCCCGAAGUGAAAUGGCUCGUACCAAGCAAACCGCUCGUAAAUCGACUGGAGGUAAGGCUCCUCGCAAGCAGCUGGCCACCAAGGCUGCUCGUAAAAGUGCCCCGGCCACCGGAGGAGUGAAGAAGCCGCAUCGUUACCGUCCGGGAACGGUGGCCCUCCGAGAAAUCCGUCGCUACCAGAAGUCGACCGAGCUGCUCAUCCGCAAGCUGCCCUUCCAGCGCUUGGUGCGUGAGAUCGCCCAGGACUUCAAGACUGAUCUCCGCUUCCAGAGCUCAGCCGUCAUGGCGCUGCAGGAAGCCAGCGAGGCGUAUCUGGUUGGUCUGUUCGAAGACACGAAUCUGUGCGCCAUCCACGCCAAGCGCGUCACCAUCAUGCCCAAGGACAUCCAGCUGGCCCGUCGCAUCCGCGGAGAGCGUGCCUAAAUCGUCCAUGCAUCCGGAAGCGGUCCCUAUCUAAACGGGGCAUUGCCUUCUCAAAACGGUCCUUUUCAGGACCACCAAUACUGUUGAACAUUCCAAGAAUUUUCUUUCGAUUGCUACUAUGAAAUUGUACAUACGAAUGCAAGCCUUGACGUAUGUCGUUUUGUUAUAACGAGGAAAGUGUGAAAAGG